AUGGAUUCACCGGCUACGAAGCUACCUAGAUUCGACAUAGAUUCCUAUGUGUCGAACUACCAGGGACGUACUAGAUUUGAACGCCUCUUUCACAUCGGCACUAACUCAACGAUACUUCGAGUUGAAGCACUGAAGGCAGCUAUUCAUGAGGCGAAGAACGGGAAGGAUAUCAAGCGUUACCUUGAUGCAUGCAUUGAGCUUGAAAAAGUCGGACCCAAUGAGCCAGAAGCAAUGAAAGAUGAGAUGUGGAUAGAGCGUGUUAAAAGUACAAAUCAAAUUGAGACGCAAAGUUUAGAAGCCGAGCUUAAGCAAUACAAAAAUAACCUCAUCAAAGAGAGUAUUCGGAUGGGUAAUGAAGACCUUGGAAAACAUUAUCUAGCAAUUGGCGAACUUGGCAAAGCUUAUGAUGCGUUUGGUCGUAUGCGACAAGAUUCUGUUGCUCCUAAACAUAUAAUUGAAGUUUGCCAGCAUCUUAUUGAUAUUUCAGUCGAACAAAGAAACUGGCUCGCAGUCAUAUCAUGUGUUCAGAAACUGAAGCAAGUUAUGACUUUGAAAAAAGAAGAAAGGCCUUUCCAACCUUAUCUGUGUGCAGCUGAAGGUCUGGCAAGCAUAGAUAGUGGAAAGUAUCAGCAAGCUGCCAACAUUUUUUUACUUUCAGAGCCAGGGCUAGGUCCAAAUUUCAACACCAUCAUAAGCCCAAACGACAUUGCCGUCUACGGUGGCUUAUGUGCUCUAGCUACGUUUGGGCGCAAAGAGCUACGAACCAGAGUGCUUGAUAAUUCGAACUUUCGAACCUACCUUGAAUUGGAGCCUCACAUAAGACGUGCAGUCAACUUUUUCGUAAAUAGCCGCUACGAUUCCUGUCUGGAAAUUCUUGAGUCGUAUCACACUGAUUUUUACCUUGACAUUUACCUUCAAAAACAUGUCGACGAACUUUACAAGCUAGUGCGUCGGAAAUGCAUAGUGCAAUAUUUUAUCCCAUUUUCAUGCGUUACGAUUGAUAGCCUUAACGUUGCAUUCGCCGCUCCAGGUACAGAUAUUGAGAAAGAAUUAGUGACUAUGAUUGAAGGCCAAGAUCUAGAUGCUAGGAUUGACACGCAAAAUCGGCUACUAAUUUCCGUACCCUCUACGCCACGACACGCUCUCCAGAAUUACACCCUGGAAUCUGCCAGACGAUUUGAAGACGAAGCACGCUUACGAAUACAACAUAUGAACAUUUAUGAUGCGGGAUUAGAGAUAAACGGCGCACAAUCGGGGCUAGAUGGGCUUGAUGAAAUCCCCGAGCCGAGAAUCAGACGAGAUAAACAAUCAAGUGGUUAUCACAGGGCUUUUAAGGCGAUGGCCGAAAAUUGA